CUGCACUUCUUCUUGUUGAUAUUGUUUUCGAGUGUGUGUGUUUCCGCCUGGAGUUCUCUGUUUCUUUUUUCUUCGCUGAAUGUCUUCCUACAUUACCAAUACCCGACCUUCAGUGUUUCAGAGAAUCUUACAUAGUUUUGGACUCAUCGAAUUACCGAUCAAGGUUAAUUGUUGGUAUUGUUGCCAAGAUUCUUUUAUUCUACCUGGAUCUAAAAAUACUGUCGAUCAUUGGUAUUGCCACUUGUGUGAAAGUAAUGGAGAGGUAGUUGAUCCUACACCGUUCGAAACGUAUAAACCACCUUCCGAAAAUAAUGCACAUACAUCAUCUCGCUUAAAGUCAUUGAAAACUUUGAAAAACAGCAAUCGAUCUUUAUGUAACAGCUGCCAGGAGAAUCAAAGUCUAAUCUACCAAUUACUUAGUGAUUAUAUUCCUGAUGAAAGUGAUCCCUCUUAUGAUUUCAAAUAGGAGCAAAAAGCGGCACUGCAAGCGAGGAACAUGAGCGACGCGAUUACAAAAAGCAUGACAACAGAAGCCAGGAAACGGCCCAACAAAUAUCGCUUUUACACAAAGGGUAUAUGUUGGUCUUUGAUUCAUGC